CGCCAGUCGAUGAGCAAGCGUUUGACACGCGCGCAGCAGCAUUCUCAUUCUUGUCGUUGCCCAUUCACUGGCUGCCCACACCAAAAUGUUCAAGAAGAUCGCCUCGGCAGUCUCGUCCAUCUCUGGCACGCCCCGCAACGGCACGCCCGAGCCACCCGUCCUCGCUGGACACCACGGCCCGGGUAGGGUCAAGCAGUACGCCCAGCUCGCCAAGACGCUGGAGGACUACGGCGUGCCCGUCGCUACUGAGGAUUGCGCGGCCUGUGAUUCGCCGUGCGCCGACGGUGCUGCCAACGGAGCGGGUGGCGCUGGCACCGUCGCUGAGAUUGGAAACGCAUGGGACGGCAAGACGUACGAGCAGUACGUCCACGACAAGUACGGCGACUUUGACGAGUUCCCGGCCGCUAUCGACACGGACUGGGAGAGCGACCUCGCUGGCUCUGGUGGCCCACCUGUCGGCCGCGUGGUCGUCAUCUCCACCGGCAAGAGCGACUGGCCCCGGGACCACGUCGACGCCCAGGACUCGCUUUCGUACCAGGUCAACAAGGUCCUCAGCAAGCAGAAGGGCGGUGGCAAGAACAAGAAGGACGGCAACCCUGCCGAUCCCAGCACAUAUGUGCUCAACUCGGCCUUCCCUCCUCCAUCGACUGCGCUUUCGGGGCCCAUUGCUCCUCUGCCGUCGCUCUACUCGUCGUGUCUGAUCAGCCAGGCCGAGGACCCAGAGGAUGAGACCGUCCUCGUCUUCCCUGACUGGAAGGCCGUGCUCGAGGUGGAAAACUCGCUCGAGGGUGCCCAGGGCCUGUGGGACGGUGCGCUGUCCGGAUCGCUUGGCCGCGCGGGCCAGCGACUGCAGAACGAGGGCGAGGGCUGCAACCGCCGGAGGUCGUACGUCCUGCCUUACCGUGCGAUUGUGCUGUUGUGCUCGCACAAACGCCGUGACAAGCGGUGUUCGAUCGCUGCUCCUCUUCUCCGCUCUGCACUUGUCACCUGCUUGACCAAGCACGGAAUCCAUGUCGACGAGACUGGCUCGUCCCUGGCCGUGCCGGAGCUCGGCGCGCUCGAGGACCUUGAGGGCACCGAGGCCGAGCGUGAGGCCGAGGUGGGCCGUCGUAUCUCCAACAUUGAGGGUGUCCACGGCGGAGAGGGUGGUGAAGUCGGCAUCUUCAACAUCAACCACCUCGGUGGUCACCGAUACGCUGGUGUCAUGUUGAUCCUCUUCCCUUCCGGCGCGUACCUCUCGUACGGACGUGUCACUCCUCAGGAGAUCCCACGCGUCGUGGAGGACACUAUCCUCAAGGGCAAGAUUGUCCCCGGACUUCUGCGCAGUGCCGCUGGCGUUGUUCGCCCCGGCGCCACCGCCAAGGAGAAUGGUUUCCUCGCCUGGUGAUUGUCGUGCCUUGCGGCGUCGAGCACACACAUGUACAGUAGACGACCUUGUUUAGUCUCGCGAGCGAGAAUACGCGUAGACAUAUUAGAAUGCAUUUGGGAGCCAUGUCGUUGCUU